CUGAUCACAUCAGCUGAUAUCGUCUGCUGGGGAUGACGGAUGAGAUUUUUGGUUAAAGUUUCGUCUUUCGUUGUGCAGCCUGCAGUACCGUUUCCCGAAAAUAUCCGCCAAUAUCCGCGUUCGAUGCAGGGCUUCGCGUGGGCAAAGUGUCAAGGAAAAUCUCGCGAGAGAAAAUCGGAUGACGUGUAGAUAAUAUUGAAGUGCUCGAUGUCGACGACACUGAAGAAACGCAAACUUAAUCGCGUGCGUCACUGACAGGUGGUACAGGAAUGUUUCAAUUUCAAAGGCAAAACAGAUAGGGUUUCUUCGUUGCUCGUUCGCUAAUCUCGCGUCGAUCAAGUGGUUCGGGACUGUCAACCAAGAAGAGAUACGGCUGUAAUGAGCGACUCAGACCAGCAGCAAUUAUACGUGCCUUACAGAGAAUACCAGAGUCAGAACAACAUCAUCCCCACAGGCAAUCUCUUGGAAACUGAUGCACUCGUCGACCUCUCAUUGACGAGCGCCAACACCUUGCCACCAGACGAAGACUUCCCGGAGCUUCUCCCGGACGUCGCCUUCAUACCUAACCUGAACUGCGAUCAAACGAUAGCCAUUGAUUCCCCUGGGAUUGACCGGGAGAGCCAGCCUCUCCUCGGUCGCCUCGAGGUUGAUGUCACCUGCAACCGCUUUCCUGAUGAUCCACAGUUUUCCGACCUAGUUUAUCAGGCAGAGGCGGCGAUAGACAAUGGAAUAUAUCCCGAAAGGAUUUAUCAAGGAUCGAGUGGAAGUUAUUUCGUGAAAAAUCCUGCAGGGAAAAUAAUAGGAGUAUUUAAACCUAAGGACGAGGAGCCUUACGGGAGACUGAAUCCAAAAUGGACAAAGUGGAUGCACAAGCUCUGCUGUCCAUGCUGUUUUGGAAGGAAUUGUUUAAUCCCGAAUCAAGGAUACCUGAGCGAGGCGGGUGCCAGCUUGGUAGACCGGAAACUAGGUCUUGGUGUUGUACCAAACACGAGAGUAGUGAAACUUGUGAGCAAAACCUUUAACUAUCCGAGGUUUGAUAGGCAAAAGGUGCGGAUGAAGCAAGCGAUCAUGGACCAAUUCCCCACAGUCGGCUCUCACUUCAAUCGCAUCGGAUUACCGCCCAAAGUCGGGUCCUUUCAAGUAUUCGUAGAUGGUUACAAGGACGCGGACUACUGGUUAAGACGAUGGGAAAGCGAUCCGCUUCCUCCACAUCUUGCGCGAAAGUUUCAACUUCAAUUUGAGCGCCUAGUCAUUUUGGAUUAUAUCAUUAGGAACACGGAUAGAGGUAACGAUAAUUGGCUAAUCAUGUACGAACCCCCCUCGGGGAAAAAUGGACUGGAAAGUGGUGACGUCAAAAUCGCAGCUAUAGACAAUGGUCUCGCAUUUCCGUUCAAGCAUCCUGACUCGUGGCGUGCAUAUCCUUAUCAUUGGGCUUGGUUGAGUCAAGCGAAACUACCUUUCAGCGAUGUGACACGAGAACUCGUCUUACCCCAGCUCUCGGAUCAAAACUUUGUACAAAAUCUUUGUAGUGACUUGUUUCAGUUAUUUAAGCAAGAUAAAGGUUUCGAUCGACACAACUUUGAUAGACAAAUGAGUGUCAUGCGGGGUCAGAUACUGAAUCUACAGCAGGCACUCAAAGACUCUAAAAGUCCCGUACAGCUUGUACAGAUGCCGGCUGUCAUCGUUGAAAAAUAUGUGCAACCACCUCGCAUGCAAUCUUUUGCUCCACAAAACACUUAUUGUCCUCCUUCAAGUCCUUUGGAUGCAGGAACUACUUAUCAUCUUUCCUACUUGAAUGUGGAUCGUCUUGCUCGACCCAAAGCUUUUCGUCCUACGCAGAAUUUAGACGUUUCCGAUGGAAAAUUCUCUGACGACACUACCACCAAAAUGAGCUACAAACCUGUUUGGAGUAUCAUCAAAGCGAAACCUAUUUUACCACGAAAUAGACAGAUUACAGGGCGCGGUCCCAUGGAAUGUAUAUCGACAGCGAAACAUGACUUUGUAGAAAAAUAUGUUCCAAAACCCGAAGUUAUAAUUCCUUGUGGAAAUAUUCGAGUGUGUAAUGGACCCUUGGAAGGAGUAACGACAGCGGCGAUGUCUUAUGUAGAUCCGGGACCUACAGAUCCACUCACCAGUUUUAAACCACAAAGAAUAUAUCGUCCUAGCGAUGAACCUGCACCUAAAGAUACAACUCAAAAAUUAAGUUUUCAGCCCUUUAGGUUACCAGAAAAAAAAAUUUACCCAUGGGCCCAAAAAGCUGUUUACAGGCCGCCCCAGGCAAUGAUGGAAGGUCAAACCACAUAUGGCAAAAGUUUCGUAGAAGUUGAUGCCCAAAAAGAAAAACCCAUUAUUCCGGCAGGAACGAAUUUAUUUCCAUCUGGCGCCCCAUUCCUGGGAAAAACAAUCUACGCCGAAAAUUUUCAGCCAUGCAAUUCGGAUCCAGUGAUUCCUGUAAUUCCCUGUGGAAAUAUUGCUCUCUCUGAUAAAAAAAUGUCCACCGACACAACAAGCAAGCUGAGUUAUCAGCGAUUCCAAGCUGAAAAAAGAGCCCCCAUUAUUCCACGUCGUCGAAAUAUGGUGGGAGAUGGUCCCAUGCAAUGCGAAACAACUAGUCGACAUGAUUUUGUACUAAAACUUAUUCCAAGGGCAGAUGUUGUGAUUCCUUGUGAUAACAUUCGAGUUGCUGAUAAGCCCUUCGUAGGCAAUACAACUACCUCUUUGUCUUAUGUAAAUCCGGGUCCAAUAAAUCCUGUGUCCAGUUUCAAACCUACAGCAAAAUACAAUAGACUAGAUGCGAAGGUAGAGGGAGAGACAGUCAACAAAUUAUCGUUUCAACCUUGGGUCAUCCAACCGAAAGAGGACCUUCCCUGGGCCAGGAAGCAUCAAUAUCAACCACCUAAAGAAGCAAUGGCUGGCGACUCAAUGUAUCACAUGAGUUAUCCUGCUCCUGGAUACUAUGUUGAAAUUUGCGAACCUGAGGAAUUUCCUUCGCCUAAAAGCCAGGCCAACAAUUUUUGCGAGGAAAUGCUCGCUAAUUAAAGAGAAAAUUCAGU